AUGGCGAUCUGCGACGGCUUCGUGACGCCGGCGCUGAGCCUGAGGAACUGCCUGGCGUUCGUGAGGGCCGUGCUCGUGCCGCGCGCCAGGGCCCUGAACGCUCCCGCCUCGAGGCUGCUGGUGACGGCCGUGUCCGGGAUCGGGAAGGCGCGCCCGGGGGUGGUCAUCGACGGGCUGGUCCUGCCGCUGCUGUGCGGGGGGGACCCCGCCUCGGCGGUGGGCUCUGCGCAGUGCGAGCUUUGCACGAGGCUAAUCAAACAAAUCCUACCCAAGGACACCCUGGAGGCCGUCCUCGUUGGCCUGUGCGGCCCGGCCGAAGACGAGAGCGCCCAGACAGCCGGCGGGUGGAUCGAGGGCCCGAGCGGCGGAAGCGGUGGCAACGGUACCAAUGCGGCGGCGGGCCGGCGGCACGACGCGGCGGGGUCGUCGUCGCGCUGCGUGUGGACGGAGCUGACUGUGCCGGUGAUGACCACUGCGCUUAACCUGAAGCCGGCGCUGUCGGACAGGGCAAUCGCGGCCCUGGUUCGCGGGGUGGAGGCUGCCGCCGAGCGGGCGGCGCUGCAGAAAUCGCUCAAGUUCACGACCUUGAUCCACAGCCUGGUGACACGCUACGGCCCCCAGCUGAAGCCUCACGUGCCCGUGCUGCGGACCGCUGUUGGACGCUGCUCUACCUUCAUGGUAAAGGCUGUGCUUGCGGCCCUGCAACGGCUGGAAAACUAGAUUUUUCGGGGACGGAACAGCGCCCACCGUUGCGUGUCAUGGUGCUUGGGGGGGUUGUCACCGCUCCUGCUGUUUUGGGGCGUUGGAAACACCGCAGCUUUGGGCUCGACAGCAGUGCAGUUUUGGGCGCGACUG